AUGGCUUCCACAUCAUCACUACGAUACCUCACUAUGGAGGAGCUUAACAAGAACGCCUUGGAACAAUUUGUCUAUCAGCCUGUGGGCCGCGAUAUGAUCGCCUACCUCGCCCAAGCUGCUCACAACGUCAUCGCCUGCGACUCGACUUUGAUGCCUCCCGCUCCCGCCGAUCCUCGUCACAACAUCCCAACUCCUCCCAGGAGUCCCGAGCCCCGAACUGUCCGAUCCGAAGACGGAGCUCUACCUACUCUUGAGGAGUUCAUCACUCAGCUCGUCGUCUCCUCCAACGUCCAGGUCCCUACUCUCAUGUCCACACUAGUCUACCUUGGCCGCCUCAAGUCCAAGCUACAGCCUAUGGCUCGCGGUCUGCGAUGUACUGCCCACCGCAUCUUCCUCGCUGCUCUCAUCCUCUCAGCCAAGUACCUUAACGACAGCUCACCCAAGAACAAGCACUGGGCCAACUACAGCCACAUCACCACUGAGUGCUACAACUUUGGCUUCAGCCGCACAGAGGUCAACCUUAUGGAGAAGCAGCUUCUCUUCCUUCUCGAGUGGGAUCUCCGAAUUACUGAGCAGGACCUUUACCGGGAUCUCGACGACUUCCUUGAGCCUCUUCGCCACAAGAUUGCCGAGCGACAUGCCCGCAAGAUUCGACACCGCGAGGAGAAGCGACGACAGAAGGAGCUCCAUGCCGCCUCCGCCCGAUACCCCAGCCCUGCUUCUUCCCGUGGCCACUCCCGCUCUCGAGGAUCAACACCCGAGCACGCACGAAACCUCUCUGGACCUGUCACUCCUCCCGGUCUCAGCUACAGCAGCUCUUCUAGCUCUUACGCCUCAUCUGUCUCUUCUGGCCGCGCUUACUCACAGGCUACUACUCCCCUGGAGACUUCCGAGGCCGAGCCUUACUACUACUACGAGUCGCAACAGGGCAGCCUCUACGACUCACCUGUGCAGAUCGUCCCCGAUGUUGACUACCCCAAGGUGCAUAUGAGUGGACGCAUGCUUCCUUACGAGAUCACCGCCGAUGAGUACCAACAGUACCAGCACUACCAAGACGCCUCGUCCAAGAAGCAGCAGCAGCAGCAGCAGCGCUCAAGACGUGGCAUGUGGGGUCGUCUUCUCGGUGGUGGUGUCGCUGUGCGAUAA